AUGAGUGUAAAACAACAUCCAUUUCAUAAAAGAUUAUUAAAAGAAUAUAGUGGAUUAUUAAAAAGUACAAGUAGUGAAUUACCUGGAAUUACAUUAAUUUCAAAUGAUGAUUCAUUAAUUAAUUUUAUAUUUCAAAUUAAAAUUAAUUCAAAUGCUAAAAAUAAAAAAAUUUAUCCUGAUGAUGAAUUAUAUUAUUUAAAUAUUAAAAUUACUGAUAAUUAUCCUGUUGAUUCUCCACAAGUUAAAUUUAUUAUUUAUGAAGAUGAAAUUAAUAAAUUAUCAUCAUCAUCAUCAUCAUCAUCUAGUAAUACCAAAGGAAGUAAAGAAAAUCCAAUUAAUUUAGAUGAUGAUGAUAAUGAUAGUAAUGGGUCAAUUAAAUAUAAAUCAGUAAUACCUAUUCAUCCACAUAUUUAUAGUAAUGGACAUAUAUGUUUAAAUUUAUUAGGUGACGAUUGGACACCAGCAUGUUCAAUUGAAUCAAUAUUAUUAAGUAUACAAAGUAUGCUAACUACAAAUGAUAAAAAUGAAAGACCUCCUGAUGAUAAAUCUUAUAUUCGUCAUGCUCCUUUAAAUCCCAAAAAUUCAAAGAUUUGUAUAUCAUGA